GGAGGGGGGGCGGGGGGCUUCUGCGUGCGCGAUGGAGGAGCGCGCGUCACCCAAAGCAUUAUGCUGAAACCAGCUGCGACCACCCUCUGUCGAGAUGCUCACCAGUUCAAACCCGUCCCUGUCCCUCACGCCCAGCCUCCACGCGCCGACGUCCGGCUGUGGUGAAGCAGGACAGACACACGUCCAGUCCUCCCUGUCCCUGUCCCUCCCCCAGCCCGAGGCCUGGAAGACGCCCAGCCCCGCCGCUCGCCACGGCCUCUCUCAGGGAGCCCGCUCCUGUUCCCUGCAGGUCCCCCAUGCCGUCCCCGAGUGCCUGGGCCUGCCCCCUCGGGCAGCCAGCUUCGAUGUGCCUUACGGUCGGGAGGAGGGCUCAUCCGACCAGGGCUCGGGGUCUCUGAGCCCCCACAGCAUGCUGCGGCGGCGCGGGGGACUUGUGGAGCAGAAGGACAUCAUCAUGGCUCACCAGGCUCACAAAAUCCAGAGCACGCCGCAGGCCCGCAGGAAGGAGUGGGAAAUGGCGCGGUUCGGAGACGAGUCCGCUCCCAGCACCGUGGACUCCGGGGACGGGGACCCGGAGCAGGGCGGGGACGCGCAGGACGCGGCGGCGGCGGGACUCACCGCAUCCAUGAAACAAGCCAAGGCGCAGCGGGCCCGGACCAUGGCUCUGUACAACCCCGUCCCCCACCGGCAGAACUGCCUCACCGUCAACAGGUCGCUCUUCAUCUUCGCGGAGAACAACGUCAUCAGGAAAUACGCACGGAGAAUCAUCGAGUGGCCACCGUUUGAGUACAUGAUCCUGGCCACCAUCACCGCCAACUGUGUCGUCCUGGCCUUGGAGCAGCACCUCCCUGGAGAGGACAAGACGCCCAUGGCAAAAAGACUGGAAAAGACAGAGCCAUAUUUCAUUGGGAUCUUCUGCUUCGAGGCGGGCAUCAAGCUGUUGGCCCUCGGGUUUGUUUUCCACAAAGGCUCCUACCUGAGGAACGGCUGGAACGUCAUGGACUUCAUAGUCGUGCUCAGUGGGAUCCUGGCAACUGCUGGUGCCCACAUGAACAUCCCGGUUGACCUUCGAACCCUGAGGGCUGUGCGAGUGCUGAGACCUCUCAAACUCGUCUCCGGGAUCCCCAGCCUGCAGAUUGUGCUGAAGUCCAUCAUGAAGGCCAUGAUCCCGCUGCUCCAGAUCGGCCUCUUGUUGUUCUUCGCCAUCCUCAUGUUUGCCAUCAUCGGUCUGGAGUUCUACAGCGGGAAGCUUCACCAGACCUGUCUGCCAUCUGUCGACAUCUUCGAAGACCAUAACAAGAGACACGCUUCGUUUUUUGUAGACAAUGAAACCGUUGACUCAGCCGAGUUGGUGUUUGCAUGCGGAGUGAGGAAGUGUCCAGAGAAGUACGACUGCAACGACACCUGGAUCGGGCCCAAUGACGGCAUCACGCAGUUCGACAACAUCCUGUUCGCUGUGCUCACCGUCUUCCAGUGUAUCACCAUGGAGGGAUGGACGGCCGUUCUGUACAACACCAACGACGCCCUGGGUCCCAUGUGGAACUGGAUUUACUUCAUCCCUCUCAUCAUCAUCGGCUCGUUCUUUGUCCUGAACCUGGUGUUGGGAGUCUUGUCUGGAGAAUUUGCCAAGGAGAGGGAGAGGGUGGAGAACCGGCGGGCCUUCAUGAAGCUGCGCCGCCAACAGCAGGUGGAAAGAGAACUGAACGGCUACCGAGCCUGGAUAGACAGGGCAGAGGAGGUGAUGCUCGCAGAGGAGAAUAAAAAUUCAGGGAGAUCCCCGUUAGAUGUUCUGAAGAGAGCGAGUAAGAAGACGGGUGCACGGAGAGGAGCACCAGGGGACGACAAGCACACAGACAUGUCUACCGCCAACAUGUCACGAUCGAGGAUGAAUUUCCGCAGUGGCCGGCGUGGCCCUGCGGCCUACCUGCGACGCAAAGAGCGCAUGUUACGCAUCUCCAUCCGCCGCAUGGUGAAGACGGACACUUUCUACUUGAUGGUGCUGAGUCUGGUGGCUCUGAACACCAUCUGCGUAGCCAUCGUCCACCACAACCAGCCCGACUGGCUGACCAUCUUCCUCUACUAUGCAGAGUUUGUUUUCCUGGGGCUGUUUUUGGCUGAGAUGUUUUUGAAAAUAUACGGUCUGGGUUGCCGUCUCUACUUCCAUUCAUCUUUCAACUGCUUCGACUGUGGGGUUAUUGUUGGCAGCAUCUUUGAGGUGGUCUGGGGCUUUUUCAGACCUGGCAUGUCAUUUGGCAUCAGCGUACUGAGGGCACUGAGACUCCUGAGAAUUUUUAAGAUCACCAAGUACUGGGCCUCUCUCAGGAACCUGGUUGUUUCCCUCAUGAGCUCCAUGAAGUCCAUCAUCAGCCUGCUUUUUCUUCUCUUCCUCUUCAUUGUGGUGUUUGCUCUGCUGGGGAUGCAGCUUUUUGGAGGAAGGUUCAUCUUUGAAGAUUACACUCCCACCAAUUUUGACACGUUUCCAGCUGCCAUCAUGACAGUGUUUCAGAUUCUGACUGGUGAAGACUGGAACGAGGUGAUGUACAAUGGGAUUCGCUCACAGGGAGGUGUGCAGUAUGGCAUGUGGUCAUCGAUCUACUUCAUUGUGCUCACUCUAUUUGGAAACUACACGUUGCUGAAUGUCUUCUUGGCCAUCGCUGUGGAUAAUCUGGCCAACGCACAGGAAUUGACAAAGGAUGAAGAAGAGGAAGAGGAGUUCUUCAACCAGAGAUAUGCCAGAGGCAGGGACGGCUUGAUCUCUGAUGGGAGGAGAAGACCCUACCUCUAUAGGAAACGGGCGAUCCACCGAGGUCGUCCAAACUUCCCAGAUGAGCCCGAGUGUGUGACAGGGGCCGCAGACGAGCAGCCUCUCAAUAGCGCCAAGCCCUUCACCAACCGCCGCGAGAGGAGGAGAAAGGUUAACAUGUCCGUGUGGGAGCAGAGAGCCAACCAGCUACGCAAACGUCGCCAGAUGGCAAGCAGAGAGGAGUUGUUCAGUGGCCCUACAGAGGAAACUAAUGAAGCGCCCACUAACGGCCACCAAGUCCCCGCCCUCUCCUCAGAGGCCAGUCCGGCUCACCUGCCCGAGUCUCCCAUGUCGGUUGGGAUGCCCCUCCCGGAGCCCCCCAUGUCCAUCUCCAUCCCCAUUCCCGAGCCUCCGGCGGCAGAGCCUCUGGUAAAUCUGACUGAGGAGAAAACGGGAGGAGCCAACCACCGGACCACAGGUGGGGGCAGGCACCGGAUGGCCCGCAAGUUUAGGCCCAGUCAAGGGCCCGACGAAGGGGCCCGGCACAGACGCCACCGCCACCGCGAGGCUCGCAGUGAGGCCAAGAGUCUGGACUGUGCACAGUCGCCCCAUGAGGUGCCACAAAUGACACGCUCGCUCAGCCAGGAGAAGAAGAUACUGGAUGAGAGGGAGGAGAAGGAAGUGAGAGAGGAGAGAGAGAAAGCAGAGGUAGCAGGAGGGUCAAUCCAAGAGGAUUGUGGAACCGGCGUCAUUAACCCAUACGCAGAAGUUGGAGAAGACUGCAGAAGAGCUGCUGUUCCUGGCGCUGACAUCCCUGAUCCUCCUCAAUGUGAGCCGCUGCUCGACUGUACCUGGUCCGAGCAGGGCGACGGCAGGCACACGGACCAGUACGAGCCCCUGGGUCGGAACAUCCCAGUGGAGGCCGCCUUGGAGGCCACAGAGUACACUGUGAGCGCCAUGGAGUCGGAGAACUGCCGCGUGUCCAUCAAGCGUGACAGGUCCAACCUGGAGGGAAGCGUGGCCAUCGAAAUGUCUGCGCAACCGCUGCUGGAGCUCACCCCGAUGACAGUGAACAGUAAAGAGCUGGAGGCGUACCAGGCCGAGCAGAGCGAGAAUGACGAGGAGACGGAGGACGAGGAACCUCCAAUUCCUCCCAAACCUGUGGCCCCAGACAGCAUGUUCAUCUUCAAGGCAUCCAACCCUAUCAGAAGGAUCUGCCACUAUGUGGUCACUCUACGCUACUUUGAGAUGAGCAUCCUCCUUGUGAUCGUGGCAAGCAGCAUUGCACUGGCUGCCGAGGACCCUGUGUGCACCAGCUCCGACAGAAACAAGGUCCUCCGUUAUUUUGACUACGUCUUCACUGGAGUGUUCACCUUUGAAAUGAUCAUCAAGAUGAUAGACCAGGGCCUCAUUCUUCACGACGGCUCUUAUUUCCGGGACAUGUGGAACAUCCUGGACUUCAUUGUGGUGGUGGGAGCUCUGAUUGCCUUUGCUCUAACGAAUGUGAUGGGGAACAACAAAGGCCGAGACAUCAAGACAAUAAAGUCUCUGCGAGUUCUGCGAGUUCUGCGGCCUCUUAAAACCAUCAAGAGACUUCCCAAGCUCAAGGCCGUGUUUGACUGUGUGGUCACGUCUCUGAAGAACGUCUUCAACAUCCUCAUCGUGUAUCAGCUCUUCAUGUUCAUCUUUGCCGUCAUUGCGGUGCAGCUCUUCAAGGGGAAGUUCUUCUAUUGCAAUGACAGCUCCAUGAAUUCAGAGAAGGAAUGCCAAGGCUUCUACAUUGACUACAGCAGAGACAAAAAGGAGGUGAAGAGGAGAGAGUGGAGGAGACACGAGUUUCACUACGACAACGUCUGCUGGGCCCUGCUCACGCUUUUCACGGUCUCCACUGGGGAGGGAUGGCCUCAGGUCCUGCAGCACUCGACCGAUGUAACCGAGGAGAACAUGGGGCCGAGUCGGGGGAAUCGGAUGGAGAUGUCCGUUUUCUACGUGGUUUACUUCGUGGUCUUCCCCUUCUUCUUCGUCAACAUCUUCGUGGCUCUGAUCAUCAUCACCUUCCAGGAGCAGGGCGACAAGAUGAUCCAGGAGUGCAGUCUGGAGAAGAACGAGAGGGCUUGCAUCGACUUUGCCAUCAGCGCCAAGCCGAUGACCCGCUACAUGCCCCAGAACAGGCAGACCUUCCAGUACCGACUGUGGCACUUUGUGGCAUCUCCCUCAUUUGAGUACACGGUGCUCGUCAUGAUCGCCCUCAACACCGUGGUCCUCAUGAUGAAGUACCACUCGGCCCCGACAGCGUACGACACGGUCCUGAAACACCUGAACACAGCUUUCACUGUCCUCUUCUCUAUGGAGUGUGUACUCAAGAUCCUGGCCUUUGGUCUUGUGAACUACUUUCGAGACACUUGGAAUAUUUUUGAUUUCAUCACUGUCCUUGGCAGCAUCACUGAGAUAAUUGUGGACUUACAGUCGGUGAACACCAUCAACAUGAGUUUCCUGAAGCUUUUCCGAGCGGCCAGGUUGAUCAAGCUGCUGAGACAGGGUUACACCAUUCGUAUUCUGCUGUGGACCUUCGUGCAGUCGUUCAAGGCUCUUCCUUACGUGUGUCUCCUCAUUGCUAUGCUUUUCUUCAUAUAUGCUAUAAUCGGGAUGCAGGUGUUUGGAAACAUCAAGCUGAACGAUGAGAGUCACAUCAACCAGCACAACAAUUUUAAGACGUUUUUCAGCGCGCUGAUGCUGCUGUUCAGGAGUGCGACGGGAGAGUCCUGGCAGGAGAUCAUGCUCUCCUGUCUGUCAGGUCAGGAGUGUGAACCGGACCCCUCCAUCUCGCCCCUCACCCUGUCUCCGGACCACGAGGGAGGCUGCGGGACGGACUUUGCUUACUGCUAUUUCGUCUCAUUCAUCUUCUUCAGUUCGUUCCUGAUGCUGAAUCUGUUUGUGGCAGUGAUUAUGGAUAACUUUGAGUACCUGACACGAGACUCGUCAAUCCUCGGUCCCCAUCACCUGGACGAGUUUGUCCGCAUCUGGGGGGAGUACGAUCGCUUGGCGUGUGGUCGUAUCCACUACACGGCCAUGUACGAGAUGUUAACACACAUGUCUCCACCCCUGGGCCUGGGCAAAAAAUGUCCGGCUAAGAUCGCCUACAAGAGGUUGGUGUUGAUGAACAUGCCUGUGGACGAGGACAUGUCCGUCCACUUUACCUCCACGCUCAUGUCGCUCAUCCGAACUGCUUUGGACGUCAAGAUAGCCAGAGGUGGUGAGGACCGUAUCGCUCUGGACAGUGAGCUGCAGAAAGAGAUCAGUAUCAUUUGGCCUUAUCUUCCCCAGAAGAACUUGGACCUGCUGGUGCCUAUCAACAAAGAUACGGACAUGACAGUGGGGAAGAUCUACGCUUCGAUGAUGAUAAUGGACUACUUCAAACAGAACAAAGCCAAGAAGCUCAGGCAACAGCUAGAAGCUCAGAAGAGUAGCCUGAUGUUUAAGCGUCUGGAUGCCUCUGCCCUCCCAGAGGACAUUCUCUCCAACGCCGAGACUCUGCCGGUGAUGGCUCACAGCGCUGGUUCCGCCCUGACCAGAGGAGGCUUUGUGGCCUUGAGCCCGAUCUCGCCCCAGGAGCUGUUUCUGCAGCCGAUGAGCUCCGACGCUGAUGCGAGUCAACAGCAGAAUCUGGUGGGCGAGUGCAGUAGGGGAUUUGAAGCCCCACUGGAGCUUCCGCUAGGGAGGGGCCUGUGUGUGCGGGCCUCUUCCAUGCCCCGUCUGGCUGUAGAAUCGCAGCAGACGGAGGUUGCGAGUGGCUCCAUGAAGCGCUCGGCGUCCACUGUUGGGGAUCAGCGGGUCAAUGGUCUUUGGGAGGAUGAGAAGAGUCCUGAGCGAGUUUAUCGACCUCGUCACAAAAGCUACAAGGCUGCUGUUUCUCGGUCUGAACACAAGGAGCGUGGCCGCUCUAAGGAGCGCUGUCACCUCCUCUCUCCAGACAAAUCUCGUUGUAACUCAGAGGAAAGAAGCUUGCAGCCGUCACGAUCCUCCAGCGUAGAUCGAGCACGCCCCCGAGAUAAACAGGGCAACAGCUCAGACAGUCCAGUGCCCUCCACCUCAGAGUCCAGCACACCCAGCGGCCGACGACCGCUAUCUCAAACCCCGACCCGCUCUCGCCCUCACAUCUCCUACUCCCCACUCGUGUGUCGCACACAAGCAUCCGUCGGCGAAGAGGAGGAUGAACAGGGCAGCCCAGAGACCAUGAGGCGGGGUAAGUCCACCUGGGAGACCCAAGAGGAGGCUGCCGGAGAGAGGGGGGCCCAGGCCGGCCAGCACCCGUCCCCGCCUCGGCGCUACCCCUCCGAACCGUUCCUGGCCUCGCAAGAGGGCGACCACAGCCCAGACCCCUCUGGACCCAUGGAGACCUUGACCUUUGAGGCAGCUGUGGCCUGCAGCCUGGGACGCUCAAACACCAUCAGCUCGGCCCGCCCACGUUUGCGGACUGGCUGGCAGGUCCCCAACGGACACUUUCGGAAGCGUCUGGCACAGACGGCCUCAGUUGCAGGCUGCGAUCCUCUCAGCGACACAGAGGAGGACGACAGGUGCUAGGGAUGAGAGGCAGAGUCUGGAAGAGGGGGGGGAAUCCCUGAGAGGUGUCGGCGGAGGAUACUGUACGACAGUGUACAGAGUGAAGGUCUUUUUGCAUCAGUGCUUUGAGGCCGUGAGCUCUUUGGAUAUUUGGUCAAAUGUAAACCCAAAAUGAUGAAGAACAAUACUUCCUGAAACUGUAGUUGCCAAUUCACACAGAACACUGACAAUAAAUAAGGUCUACUUCCUGACUUGUACUUGAUGAUAGAGAGUAAUAAUACAUCUCAGAUAGUGCUGGGAUGCAGAAAAUAAAUGAAAUAAAUACUACAUACAAAUUAUGUAAUUUGUGUCAAUAUAUGUAUUUUCAUUUCUGAGGAUGUUCCUAAAUAAUUCAGUGUUGCUCUAAACAGUAUUUACCUGUGGGGUGUGUGAAUAUGUAACUACAUUUUCUUAAUAAUUAAUUAUUUGUUUUGUAAAUACAUUGUGAUCAUCACAACCAUUGCCAUUUAUUUGACCAGAUCAAUACAACAAGCCAUCAUGAUGAGGUGAUCUGAUACUUUACCAGACAAUAUGGAUACUAAUACUAAAUAAUGCUGGAUUUUUUUUACAGUGUGAAUGAAUAUGCAGGGAGAAAACUGCCUGAUUCUCCCAGUCAUUUUCCUUUUUUUUUGGUAUUGAACAUAAUAAGUUGUCAGAAAAGAAUACAGUUACAGUAUAACGGAGAAAAGAUGCUUUUUUGUUAUUUCACCCUGUGUUAUUGUUAAAUCAUACCCCCACCAAACCUUAAAAUUUCUUUGUUUCUUUUAUUUUGCCAGUCUGCACCUUUUUAAUGAGAACUUUCCAACAAUUACAUUUUAUGUUUGAUUUACCGGGCGUAUAAUUUUACAUGACCUGAUCCAAAAACAAUUGACCUUUCAUCUAUUUUUAAUCUUUUUUCUUCCUUGUGAAUAUUGUAUGAACCAUUUCAGACGAUGACUGUAGAAACACCGUAGACACACCAUGACACAUUUUGCUUCACAAAUUAACAUUACUCUAUUACUUACUAAUAAUGUACAGAUAAAUUAUGCUGUUUGUAACAUUAGAGGAAAAAAAGAAUAUUAAACGGUAUCAGCUGAUGAGCUUUAAAGGUAAGGGAAUCUUUGAAAAUUUUCAUUUUAAGAUUUGUGUGUUUGUUUUAUUUGCCUGAAGUAGGCCGAUUCUGUGAAACUCACUUAACCAAAAACAUGGAGAUUUGUAUCAUAAAUUCCUGGAAUGCAAAUAAUUUGUGGGUUUUUAUGUGUACAAAAGCUGUAUAUACAAAUAAAGGUGUCCUCAAGUUGC